AUGUCUUCACCGAUUUACGACCACGACCGUGACCGGCCCGAACAGACCUACGAGAUGCCAGAGCCCCGCUCAGGGUCAUCUGAUGAGGAACACACUUUUGUCGGUGAUGGCUCCAUUCACAAUGAGCAUGCCGACAUCGAUGAUCAAUAUGAACAUCAUGAAUACCAUGACCAAAACGACCACUUGCACCCAAUAGUUUCAAACACGGGACAAUCGCGCGCGGACAGCCAUCGCCUCGACGAUGAUUUGGAAGUGCUCAGAGCAGAACAAGAUGCUAUCCGUGCUGACGAAGAUCUCGAGCGGUCCCGGUCUUUGAACCGCUCCAAAUCUAGAAACUCCCAGGUGGAUGAAUUCGACGUCAACACUGUUCCUGUCCACGAGAUAGCGGCUGUGUACCAUCCACCGGCCAAUCCUACUACGAACUUUGCCAAGAUGUGCAUCAAGAUUCACAACUCAAACAUCAUCUUCAGAUAUCUGACCUACAUUCUACCGGUCGCCAUCGCCAUUCUGAUCCCCCUCUUGCUUGGUUCUCUUCUGUUCCACAAUGCCUACAUUGGCGGCGUCAAGAUGGACUGGUUUUGCGUUUGGCUCCUGAUUGUCUGGCUUACUCUCUGGGCCGGAAGAAUUGUCGCAAAAUGCUUGCCUUAUCCCAUCGGUAUGGUUGCCAGUUUGUUCACCAACAGCGCCAAGAAAUGGAGGGACAUGGGAAGGCAACUCGAGAUUCCGGCAACCUUGUUCUUAUGGUGGCUCGGUAUCAUGAUCUCCUUCUUGCCCAUCAUGAAACAUCACCAGCGUCCUAAGGUUGGCAUAACUGCUCAAACUUGGCAAAAGGUCGUUAACAAGAUUAUCAUCUCAAUCUUUGUGGGCACCGUCCUCAACCUGAUUGAGAAGGUCAUCAUUCAACUUAUUGCCAUUAGCUUCCACUUGCGAACCUAUGCUGAUCGCAUUGAGCUGAACAAAUUCCAAAUCGGAAGCUUGGUUAAGCUGUAUGCCUUUUCCAAGGAAAAGAUUGCCAUGGACGACUCGGAAUUUGAAGAGAAGGCCAAGGGAUCUGGACUGACGUCGGGCGCGCGAACGCCAAUGGCCAUGUUGAACCAGGCGCAGAAGAACACCAAGGAUGCAUUGAACAGGAUUGGCGACGUUGCCGGCAAAGUCGCCGGUGACUUUACCGGUAAAACGCUGAACAAGAGCACUCACCCCCAUCAGGUUGUCCUCACGCUCUUGGGCAAUACCAAAGGUAGCCAGGUUCUCGCGCGUCGGCUCUACCGCACAUUCGCCAAGGAGGACUGUGAAGUUGUCUCUGCUGAAGAUCUCAAGUUUGCUUUUGAUAACGAGGACGAAGCCGAAGCAGCAUUCACCAUGUUCGACAAGGAUCUUAACGGCGAUAUCUCCAUGGAAGAACUCGAAGCCGUCUGCGUCGAAAUUGGCCGCGAAAGAAAGUCCAUUACUGCCUCCCUCAAGGACCUGGAUUCGGUCAUUGGGAAAUUGGACGAUGUUCUCUUCUUCGUCGUUCUGUUGAUUACCGUUUUGGUCCUCAUUUCGCUCAUCUCGACGGCUGCCUCUGGCGUUCUCACUUCGCUUGGAUCUAGCGUCCUUGCUCUGUCCUGGCUUUUCUCCGGUACCGCCCAAGAGUUCCUGGCCUCGGUCAUCUUCGUUUUCGUCAAGCACCCCUUUGAUGUCGGCGACCGCGUUUCCGUCUACGGCAACACAGGCGCCUCUGGCCGCGGAGACGACUAUUUUGUGAAGGAGAUUGCUCUGCUCUAUACCGAAUUCAAGAAGAUGGAGGGCCACAUUGUCCAAGCACCCAACAGCUAUCUCAACACCUUGUUCAUCCUCAACCAGCGCCGCUCCGGCGGCCUGGCAGAGGCUGUCCCUGUGACGAUCAAGUUUGGUACCACCUUGGAUCAGAUCGAAGAGCUCCGCAACCGCCUCGUCGAGUUUGUCGCAUUGGAAAAGCGUGAGUUCCAGCGCAACAUUUUGACUGAACUUCGGGAAGUAUACGAAUGCCACUCCAUCACUCUCAACGUCAUCUUCUUCUACAAGUCCAACUGGCAGAAUGAAGGUCUGCGUCUCAUGCGUCGCAACAAGUUUAUUUGCGCGCUCAUGGUCUCCAUGCAAGAGUGUGGCAUUGAGGGUCCCCGCAUGCGCUGGCCCGGACAGCGCGAAGGCCACCCGAUCUAUCUGCAAAACGUUAUGGCUCCUCCGCUUGCGCCUGCUGGUGCCGCUGCCGGUGGCCCCGACGGGCCUCAAUCUCCCACCGCCGAUGACAACCAGUCUCUGCACUCACACCCUUCGAUUCUGCGACGGGGCCCCUCUAGCUCGCGUGCUCGGGGCGAGUCUGCGUCGGCAAUGAGCAAGCGAGUGGAUUUCUCUCUUGGAAUGAAGUCCAUGGCCGCUGCGGAUGCCAUGUCAGACGUCCACGAGGACACUCCCCGCGUCCGAAUCCCCGAGUACUACCGUUCUUCGCCUUCUCGCUCGAGAAUGUCGCAUGAACAGACUAUUCCCGAGGAAGGAGUCGCACGCACUACCUCCCGCACCUCCUCGAACAAGGCACGUGCAUCGAUGGACUCUCUUAUCCGGAACCGCAGCAAUCAGUCCACCCACCGCAACCGGUUCUUCGGCCACUCCCGCGAACGUGCCCAGGGCGCCCAGCCUGAUCUCGAGCAGGGGGUCGGAGAACCUAGCCGUGUUGACCCGAGAAGCGGUGUUGUGAGUCCCCAGGCCGUGCAUGAAUCAGAAGCCCCUGGCCCUCAGCACUCUUGGGUGCAGCCUCCUAGACGGGCUCAGACCGAGAACUUUGAAAUGAAGAGGAUGUAA